AUGCCGAAAAGAAAGGUGAACGCUGCUGAGGCUGGAGAUGCCAAGGAUGAGCCCAAGAGGAGGUCGGCACGGUUGUCAGCUAAACCAGCUCCUCCAAAGGCUGAACCAAAGCCAAAAAAGGAAAAAGCUGCAAAGGAGAAGUCUGAAGACAAAAAAGUUCCAGCAAAGGGAAAGAAAGGUGCUAAAGGUAAACAGACUGAAGAGGCUAACAAAGAGGAGACUAAAGAGGAUGUGCCAUCUGAAAACGGAGAGACAAAGGAUGAUGAGGCCCCAGCAUCCGAUGGAGGAGACAAGGAAUCGAAAUCUGAAUAA